AACCCUCUCGAGUCAAAGGCCAAACAAAAGCUGGUUUAAUUAGUACUCUACAGAUGUUUAACAAUACUCUUCUGCUUCAUCUUCCUCCUCCCAUUCCUCCUUCUUUAGCCAGUUGUCGAGCCAGCAGGAAGAUUCUUUCGAAAAGGAUGACUACUGCAAUGGAUCCUAAAGUUGGAAAAUUUGAAUCUGUUGAAGGAGCUGAUCUUAAUUCAAUCAGUAAACCUGAUGGCAUCAGAUUCCGUCUCGUUUCCUAUAACAUACUAGCUCAGGUUUAUGUGAAGAGCUCCCUUUUCCCACACUCUCCACCUGCCUGCCUCAAAUGGAAAGCUCGUUCACAUGCCAUUCUCAGCGUUCUGAAAAAACUCCAGGCUGACUUCUUUUGUUUGCAGGAAGUAGAUGAGUACGAUAGCUUUUACAGAAAAAACAUGGAGUCUCUGGGCUACUCUGGAAUUUAUAUUCAGAGAACUGGGCAGAGAAAGCGUGAUGGUUGUGCAAUCUUCUUCAAGCCUAGCUGUGCAGAAUUGGUCACCAAAGAACGGAUCGAAUACAAUGAUCUUUUGGACGAACAGAAGAUUGAGACCUCCAACGAAGCAAAAGGUGAUGAAAAAGAAGCGAAAGAAGAACAUUCUGGAAAAGACAGCCGUGACCUUAAUGAUCCACAAGUGAGACUAAAACGCGAUUGUGUUGGGAUAAUGGCUGCUUUUAGGAUCAACAAGCCGUUUCAUCACAUGGUCAUCGUGGCCAACACACAUCUUUACUGGGACCCGGAGCUGGCUGAUGUGAAGCUUGCUCAAGCCAAGUAUCUACUUUCACGACUAGCUCAGUUCAAGACGCUAAUAUCAGAUGAAUUCGAGUGCACACCUUCGUUGCUACUUGCUGGUGACUUCAAUUCAAUCCCUGGGGAUAUGGUGUAUAGUUACCUAGUAUCAGGUUAUAAGAAACCUGCAGAGACCAUAGAAGAAGAAGAAGUGGCUCCUAUUCCUAUGUGUAGUGUCUAUGAAGUGACAAGAGGAGAGCCUAAGUUCACAAACUGCACUCCAGGCUUCACAAACACACUUGAUUACAUCUUCUUCUCUCCUUCAGACUUCAUCAAACCUGUGAGUAUCCUCCAACUACCUGAACCCGAAUCUCCGGAUGUUGUUGGUUUCUUACCUAAUGAUCAUCACCCAAGUGACCAUUUACCUAUAGGGGCUGAGUUUGAGAUCAGUCGUGAAUAGAAAGUUUUGUUUCCAUAGCUUCAUUUUUGAAUUGUGUUCUAGCAGUGAAACAUACACAAUACAGAAGUGUUGAAAGACUUGCAUCAGUUUUCUCAACAAACUUUAAAUCUACAUUUUUUUCUGGUUCUUAAAGAAGAUUUGAAUUUUCUAUAGAAAAGAUUUAUUGUCAUGA